AUGGCGUUCCGGUUACAGGCGUUUGGCAGGGCCCUGCGCACAGCUCUGGCAGAGCAGCACCAGGGCCAGAUCAGACGCCAUAGCGUCUUCAGUGAAUUCAAGAAGAAGGUCCAGGAGGAGGUAGAGAGUAACCCUUCGGUGAAGAAGUCAAUGGACGAGCUGAAGCAGACAGCUGACAGCCUGCGAGAGAGGACGAAGAGUGCUACUGAGGGCCUCCAGAAAGCCGCCAGCGCAUCAGCUCAGGCCACCAGGGCAGCUUCGCAGCAGGUAAAGGGCACCGUGGAGGAUCUGACAAACUCUGCACAGAAGGAAGAGGGCACCACAUCGCCAUCUGGCGCUGGCACAAAUGCUGACACAGCCGCCGGGGAGACCUCAGGAAAGGAGCAAGCCCAAGGAACGCCCACUGAAGACCGGCAGAAGUCCGAGUCAGCCAUCCCUGGCACAGAUGAGGGACCCUCAGGGGCGCAGGGGCAGGAACACAGUGGUGGGGCUGCGGGGAGCCAGACAGCAGGGGCUGCUGGCAGCACAGGUAGCCUUAUGAGCCGCCUCAGAAGCGCAGCGGAGGUGGUCAGGAGAGAGGUGGCGGCGGCCAUUCUGCCGGAGGCGCCGGUGUCGUCGGCGACGCGCGCGUACUCGGAGGAGCUGCGCGGCCGAGCGCCGCCGCCGACUUCCGAGAGCGCGGUCGCUGUGGUGCCCCCCACGCGGUGGCAGCGCCAGUGGGACGAGUGGCAGAACAAGCUGGGCGGCCACCCACUAUUCAAGCGGGUGGCGUCGCUGCGGGAGCACAAAGUGUUCUCCAAGGGGAAGGAGGUGGCCGAUGACCUGCGCGAGCGCUGGGAGACCUCCGAUUCCCCCCUGGUCCACCGCAUCCAGGACAUGACGGAGACGGUGUUUGAGGAGACGGAGGUGGCCAAGACGGUGCGCGAGAUCCGCGCGCGCGACCCCAACUUCGACAUGGUCCGCUUCCUGCGCAACCUCAAGCAGGACAUCCAGCCUGUCAUCCAGGCGUACCUGAAGGCUGACGAGGUAGUGCUGAGUCAGCACUGCACCCCGGGCUGCGUGCAGCGCCUUUCCGGCAUAAUCAAGGCGGAGGUUAUUGACGAGGACAAGUACCCGGACACCAAUCUGCUGGACAUCUCAGACGUGGAGCUGCAUGACCUCCAGAUGUUUGAGGACAACCCUGUGGUGGUCGUCAAGUGCUUCCGGGACAAGUUUGACAACGUGGUUGAGGGGUCACCGGACGAUGUGCACCGUGUGCUGUAUGUGUGGGCGCUGCAGCAGGGCACUGCCGGCUUUGUGGGCGCCGAUGGCCGCCUGCACCCGCCGCAGUGGCAGAUCGGGGAGAUGGCCGUCGGCGUUGCUCAGAAGCUGCUGUGA